UCCCAUAGCAGAUAUCUACUCCGCCAUAGCUGUUGUUGUUGUGGAAGAAGACAGAUCUGGACGGGUUAUUUAGGUGAAAUUUUCUCACUAUGUCGUCCCCAAGCCCCGGUAAAAGACGGAUGGACACUGACGUGGUCAAAUUAAUAGAAAGCAAGCAUGAGGUCACAAUUCUUGGAGGCCUGAAUGAGUUCAUGGUGAAAUUUUAUGGUCCACCAGGAACCCCCUAUGAAGGUGGUGUCUGGAAGGUCCGGGUAGAUUUGCCAGAGAAGUACCCAUUCAAGUCACCCUCAAUAGGUUUCAUGAAUAGAAUAUACCACCCCAAUAUUGAUGAAGUAUCUGGCACGGUGUGUUUAGAUGUCAUUAACCAGGCAUGGACAGCGUUGUAUGACCUGUCCAACAUAUUUGAGUCCUUCCUGCCUCAGCUGUUGACAUACCCCAACCCAAUAGAUCCUUUAAAUGGGGAUGCUGCAGCACUAUAUCUACACAAACCAGAGGAAUACAAGAAAAAAGUUAGAGAAUAUGUUCAGAAAUAUGCUACAGAAGAGGCAUUAAGAGAGCAAGAACAUGCAUCUUCAUCUAGUGAAAGUUCCAUGAGUGAUUUCUCUGAAGACGAAGCUCAGGAUAUGGAGCUUUAACAUCUCAUUUAAUUUAAUCUGUACAUAAUUCAUUUGUAAAUACUCUAGACCCAACAUUCUUGCAGUCAUGCAGAUGGCACGGGGAUAUGUUAUGACAACUAGUUGCCUGUGUUCGACUUCAACGUCAGGCGUGUGCGUACUUUGUUGCAGCUGUUGUAAGGACUCUAAAUAUUUUAUUAUCGGCGCAGAAAUUCCUCAUAAAGUACAUAUUAUUAGCUAUUCUCAAAAGUACUAAAAAAUUCUCAUUUGAAAUAUAUUUAUGAUUUAAGCAAAUGAUUUUAUGAGACAUUAGUUACAGAUAGUGUCAUAACAGAUAAUUUUGGCUUGGCAUUGACAUUUUAUUGACAAAUAUUUGUUUCAAAAUUGGUUGUAUUCAUUCACAAGAUGUCGUGACAACAGUUGGAACAAAAUAUGAAUUCCGAUCUCCUGAUAGUGUGGUGAUUGUAGCGUGCCGUCAUCAUCAGAUGUCGUCUUCAUCAUCAUCAUUUUUUGCAUGGCUGUCAUCUCAUAUUGGCCAGCACCAACACCACUGUCUGUACAGGAUUGUAGUUUUAGUCACAUUACUUAAUGAAAGCCCGCAGUUUGUUCAUGUACAGUGUUUGCGUCACUCAUCAGCUGGUUGACGGAGGCUGCUUCAAUAGUCAUUAUUUAUCACAGGAAUUUUAACUUCAUUGUUUCUUUAUCGUUUUCAGUUGUUUUUAAUGGGGGAAAUCAUCGUCAGUGAUAUGAUGUAAAUGUGUAGUGUUCAUGCACCAGGUUUGGAAGUCCUCCAAACCUAUUUCACAUUGGGGGAUAAAUUCCUUCUUCACAUCGGGAAACGAAUUCCUAUUUCACAUCAGGAGAACUAUUUCUUCUAUUAAUGUUCGUUUAAAUCUAGUCAUCACUAUAUUCCACAAAACUCAGGUUCAAGACGAUGUUGGAAUUUUCUACUUUGGUAGUGGGUUUUCUUUGCAAAGUAAGCCUAGAAAAUAGGUGAAGCAAAUAGACUAGAAAUUCUAUUUCACGAACUAAUUUUUUGCACCUCACAAUGCAAAAUACUCAUUUUGAUAUAGGAAGUUUUGAAAGUAAAGUGAAAUUGAUUUGCUAUAUUGGAAAAGUUUUCAGUCACCCAACUGAUGUUGUGAUCAUGCCUGCCCUAUUUCUUUGUGUGCGUAGUGAUACUUGUUGGAGAUGUUGACCAUAUUUGGUCAUGGGAUUGUUGCCAUGGAUACCGGGAGUGGAGACAAGAUUCUCUUCAUAGACAGUCAAGGUUGUAGCAUCAACAGUGAAUCGGACUUGAAAGCAAAAGAUUACAAAUGAAGCAUAUUGUUUUUUGUUUAACAUAUUUGGUGAUUUCAUAAAGUCUAUGAACAUAUUUUGUAUGUAGAUUUAUGAUUUACAUAUAUUGACAUUUUUGUUAUUUUUACAUAUGGAAUGGAAUUAAUGAAGUGAAUUGUUUGUACAUGACUGCUGCAAUGUUGACUGACUGUGAAGCGUAGGUGUGGAGGUGCAGAGAAUAUUUGUUAUGUAGUUUGAUGACAGACUCGUUGACUCCAGGCUGAAAUAACGAAGACCCAAGAAAUCUCUGAACAAGUCUAUACAGCUAUACAAGAAAUCAUCAUUAUUAUAUUAUGUUUUGAGACUGAAGUGUGAUAUUUCCUGUUGACCUUACCUGUGAACUUAAAUCCCCUGAACUAGUUCAUGAACGACCUCAUCAAACAAAUGUGGUGUUCCUCACUCAAGGAAUCUAAGAUGAACCUAUUAGUUGGCCAUGUGCUAUUUUAACACACAUCCUAUUGUCAUUGGAAAACCUGUAUUUUCUAAGAAAAAUAAACAAAUGAAAUUUCCAUGUUGACUCAUUGCAAAUUGUGAUGAAAUUUUGGAAAACUGAUUCUAUUGGAUAAGAGAUGUGAUCUCCAUGGCAACCUAUUCAAAGAGAGGCUUUGGGUUGUGCGUUGUCCUCAUCACUGGAGUCUGUGAUCUGGUAUGUGAUGAUAAAACCCUUUCUGUAUCUUAAUGAACUUGCUGUAAUUAAUCUGUACAAUAUUGAUAUCUGUAGUCUUAGUUUCAUGAUUGAUGUAUUUGAAUCUAUCUGAUCCUGAUGUGUAAACUGUAUAUUUUAACCCUAGUGGUAGGGAGUUUGAGAACUACACAAUGAAGCAUAAGACUAUAUACCCAUAUGCAAAGUCUCUUUGUUCUACUUUUGUACCAAGCGAUAUAGAAGACACAGCUGGUUAGCCUACACUGGGAGUGUGUGAUUCUUGUCCUGUCGGCAAUAUUGUUCAGACAAUGGGGUUGUGAGCACUCCCAUAGAUAUUCGACAUUUUUCAACAACAGUAUACCAUAAUAUAUUUAGGAGAAAAAUUUCAUAUUGUUAUAGAGAUUUUACAGUUGGUUGCCAACACUGCCACCUGCCAAAUUUUAAAAAAUAAAUCAUAUUGCUGUGACGAUUUUGUAAUAUGGUCUGUUUAUUUUGGACGAGUUUGGCAAUGUGUGGUUGGUUAUUAAUAACCAAAGUGUUUUGGAUAAUAGCAUUUUUCAAGAGGUGAUGUGACUAAGUGUUCUGUAACGUGCAGUCAUGUGACAGUUGAUAUUUGUUACUUAUGUAACCCAUUCUCCCCCCCCUUGUGAUGAAAUGGUCCGAAUAGUUGUGAGGUGAAUAGUAUGUGGAAUUCUUUAGGGAAACGGUUUUCCUAGAUAACAUUGAUGUGUCAGUACUCCAUUGAUGUUUCCCUAUAGUUCAAUACAUACUUGUCCCAGUUAUCUCCAGGGGAAAUGUUUUGCCAUCUUUUUCAUUGUUUAACAUUGUGAACAGAGAAGAGUGUUUUAAGAAAUGACACGGCCAGAACUGCGAAAAAACAUUUCCUGGUUAUUUUAUUUGAUACAAAUUAAGGCAGUUAUGUAUCUUUUUUCCAAGUAUGAUACAAGGUACAAAGCUAGGUUUGCAAAAUAUCCACAUAAAUGUUGCUAAGGUAUGUGUUGUUUCACGGCGACCACGCUGACGUGAGGGAGAAUAUUUUAGAUGUUGCAAAAUCUAAAUACAAAUGUUUUUCAUGUGGCCAUGUGUAAUGACUUUGAGGGAUUACGCAAAGGACAUUUAUAAAGGGGGUAAAACUAAUUGAAAUAAUUGGUUGACAAAAUUGACAGCAUAAGAUCUUGGUUUGUGUGACUGGGCAUUAUCAUCGGAAAUACCUCAUAAAGUGGCCAAAUCAGAUUCGCACAUCCCAAAGUCAUUAGGUUUCACAUUUCUUUCAUUGUUAGUCCCCUUGGCACACCAGAAACCUAUUGUGGGUUUGAAUCCUGGAUUGCACAAAUAAUGUUUUUUGGUGUGUCGGCGCCAUACUGUGCUUGUUGGCAUCAGCAAAAUGGUAAAUAUCUAACUCCAUGAAGCUGACAUGGCGUGUUACAACUGAGAAGAAGUGUAAAACUCACUCACUCUGUCAUCGUUAACCUAUGAUGUAUAAAGAAUAUAAUGGUGAUACUAUGAUAUCAAGUUGCACCUUAGUAAAGUAAUAUGUUGUAUGUUAGGUGAAGGGAAAUUUUAUAUUUUCAAAAUACAAGUAAUGUAUUUAAUGGAUUUAUUUCAAGAAAAUGUUUCAUAAAUAAUUAAACUCUUACUCAUAUUUUGGGACAUUUGAUACCUCUGUUUCCAUGGUUACCGCUUAGGGAGGGAAAGUCAUAUAUGCAUUGACAUAAUCCGUGUAUAAUCUGUAUAAUUAGGGACACAUUACAAUCAUUGUACAAGUGAUGAACUAGUCACUUUGAUCUUGUCGUCCACAUCGCCAAGUGCUGAAAUACUAUCUCACCUUACUAGAAUACAUCAAGAUUUUCACCAUUCUUUCAAAGUGUUUGCCCUAUGGGUAAGCAUUAUUUCUUUCAAUAAAUAUUGUUAAUUUUGA